UCAUCCUGUUGUCUCCGCCCACCGUGUCGAUAGUGUUCCUGAAACCGCUCGUGCCUCCCUCCUCUACAGCUCAGGAAACCUGGAUAACUCGCCGGGGGUGGGGGGGCAAAAACAAACAAACAAACAAACAGGGCACCUUUAACAUCGGAUAAAGAGGUUUACCAUGCCCUGAGACCCUGUUCCAGCUGUCCUACUCGUUCUGCAUUCUGUGUUUUAUUUAUUUCCUAUUUUGAGGACCAUCUUGCAAGGGUUGAAGAACAGAAUUCAGCGUUCAUGGAUAUAAAAUCCUGGAUUUUCUGGCAUUUUUUUUUUUAUUGGUUGAACAAAAACACAUGAUUUCUCCGCACUACUACAGUCUCUUGACACUAUUUUAAACCAAAACCAGAAGUGACAUCCCUGUUCAUCUCUAUCAUUUCCUAAUCCUUGUUGUUUUUGGAGAGGAACUGUAUUUUUAGUCAACCACCUUGAUAAAGUUUCAUUUGAUACUUCUCAAACAAUAUCCUCGGCUGGGCCGUUACUUUUGCUCUCUGUGCUUGUUUGUCACUGAACAUUUAUAAGGUUAUUAUAACCUUAGUUUGUGUUUAUUUUUAGUCAUUUGUAAGUUUGCUGACCUUAAGACAAUGCACUGUUAUUUGAAAUUGUGCUUCCUAUUUUAUUUAAACAAUUUGUAAGAAUGGAAAAUUGUUAAAUUAAUAACUGAAGAAAAUCUGUUUAAUGGUUACUUAUUCAGAUGCAUACACCGUACCAUUUAACCUUGACAAAACCUUGCCUUUUUUCAUAUUGUGACAUUUUGCCAGUGCAGUCAGUCAAAGAGAGAAAAGCAAAUAAUCUGACAUCUUAAUCUUGUACAUCUUCGUUUUUAAAACAAAACUGUCAUUUUUGUUGGGAUACUUGCAAUACUAAACGGGAAAUCUCCUUCUUGUAUUGUGUUUUUGAUUAGAUGAUCCUUACAGGAUUUAGCAUUGUUUUCAAGAAAAAUGCACUGAUGGAAAGGAUUUAACACUAUCAGGGACAGAAAAGCCUGCUGGAGUUUUCUUGUGUUUUGAAAAGACAUCUGUUGAAACACUGUCAUCAUUUGUAAUUUUUAAUUUUAACUCAUUUUACGUCAAAGCCCAUUAUUUGGGCUUAAACCUAACACUUUUCAGAACAAGUAGUGCAUCCAUCCAGAAAGUAAUCUCUACAAAUCAGAAGAAAGAACCCUACAUGGGGCAUUCAAGCUGUAUAGUCCAAACAUACUUUCCCCAUCCCAGUGGCACUACCUUUUGAGCCCAGACGUCCAAUAUGCGCUCCCCAGUCCCAGAGAGCCCAUCUACGACUGAGGAGGCUCUGCUCCAUGGACAGUUCGGCGGUUGGAGCAGCGGAGGAGGAAGUGGAAGUAACAGCGACAGCUGCCCCAACAGCUCUGGAGGUGUUUCUUUGCCUUCCAGCCCCGCCUCCACCAACUAUGCCCUGACCCUCACACCAACUCAUAUCCAUGUCCAGCGGUUGUCUCCACUUAUUGGAAAGCAGUCCAGGCUGAUCCUGCCACUGGCGGAACUGACCGGAUGCAGCUGCCCACGCUCGCCAGCCCCUCCUUUGCUGGUGCUUUACUGGUACCCUCAGGGACGUCGUCGGAAAGGUGUCUCUAGACACAGACAGGUGAGGGCGUACUUGGCAGAGAGCAGAGUUGAGGCGGAGAAAUGGAACACUGCCAUACAGAGCCUUCUGAGGGGGAUGGAUGUCAACUCCACUACAGAAUUUUGUAAAAGCAUUUUGCCCCGUCCCCGUCGACUGAUGCUGCUGGUCAAUCCAUUCAGUGGCCGGGGUCAGGCAAUGCAAUGGUGUCAAACGCACAUACUUCCAAUGAUAAGAGAAGCCAACAUCAGCUACAACCUCAUUCAGACAGAACGUCAGAAUCAUGCACGUGAGCUGAUCAAAGAGAUCUUGCUACCAGAAUGGGAUGGAAUCGUCAUUGUUUCUGGAGAUGGACUCUUGCACGAGGUGAUAAAUGGCCUUAUGGAAAGGCCAGACUGGGAACAAGCAAUAAAAACUCCAGUGGGAAUCCUUCCUUGUGGCUCUGGAAAUGCACUCGCUGGUUCCAUCAACCACUGUGCAGGAUAUGACAUGUGCCUUCGGGAGCCUCUCCUUCUCAACUGCUGUUUCCUGCUGUGCCGGGGUGGGGUUAAACCAAUGGACUUGGUCUCUGUUACAACCAGCCCAUGCACUUCAUCCACAUCCAAUCAGAAUGGGCACCCACCCGCUCCCAGGAGGCUUUUCUCUUUCCUUUCAGUGGCCUGGGGUUUUGUGUCCGAUGUGGACAUAGAGAGUGAGCGCUACAGAGGGCUGGGCUCGGCACGGUUUACACUGGGAACACUAGUGAGAUUGGCGUCUCUGCGCUCCUAUAAGGGCCGACUUUCCUACCUUCCACCUGCUAUAGUCAACCCCGAUGCCACACCUCAGCCGCCCCAAAGGCCACUUUCACGUAGCAUUACUGAAGGCUUGGCGGGAUUUUGUCGCACUCCCAUUCACCGCACCUGUUCAGACAUGGGCCUGAGUGAACAAAGAAGUCUCUGUAAGGGAGAUGGGGAGAGAGAGCGGGAAAGGCAGGAGAGAGAGCGAGAGAGGGAGAGGAGGAGAGAGAGGGCAAGAGGGGUUGGGGUAGUGAGAGCUAGCAGUCUCGCAGAAGACAGAGAGAGAGAGGUGGAAGCAGAAGAGAAGAUGGAGGAGACGUCAGGGACCAGCUCGGAAUCAGAUGAAAGGGAAGAGUGUGACAGCAUAGCCAGUAAUAAUGGGAACAGAGAAGAAGAGAAUAAACCGGGUGGGGAUGAGAUCGACAGAGAAGACUUGAUGAAAGUGAGAGAUGAGGUAAACGAGUGCAAUGAGUGUUAUCAAACGACUCCACCUGAGAUGAAACACAUGCAACGUAAAAACUCGGCCCCUUCUAGCCAGAUAAUUAACGCCUUCUUCAGCCAGCCAAUCGGUGCAGACACUGACCAAGACUUGGAGCUGGCAGCCUAUGGCAGGGAGGAUGAAGACAUAAAUGGCACCUACUUUCAGCGAGAGGCGUUUCCACUUGACAAAUCUCGUGAGCGAGCCCUCACUAUCUCAUCUUCUCCGUUCCGUCAGUCUCCUUUCAAAGCUUUUAAAUCUAAAACUUUGGACCAGAACCAGAACCCCUCACGGCCUCGGCCCCUCUCUCUUCUCCGCCAAUCGCAUUCAAACUCUCUCCCUCCGGAAAAAAAUCCAUCCCUUGCUCUGUCCCUCUCCCCGACCCCUACUUCAUCUCCAUCUUGCACCUCUCCUCACUCUUCUUAUCUUGCGCCACGUCCUAACACACCCAGCUCGUCUUCCCCAUCCCCUUCUAUUCAUUCACCGACCCCUUCCUUCAACUUUGACCUUGCGGAUACUGGAGGACCCCUGAAGAACUGCCCUCACAUGACAUCCUCCAUCAACCUGCCAGAGGAUGAUCUGCUACCUCCUCUGGACCAACCUCUUCCUACAAGUGACUGGGUCACUAUUGAGGGGGAUUUUGUCCUGGUUCUUGCCAUCUAUCAGACCCACCUGGGAGCAGAUCUUUUUGCUGCGCCUCAGGCUCAAUUUGAUGAUGGGCUGAUCCAUCUGACAUUUGUGCGGGCUGGUAUCUCACGGGCAACACUGCUUAGACUGUUCCUAGCAAUGGAGAGAGGAGCCCAUUUGUCUGUUAGCUCUCCCUACGUUAGUCAUAUUUCUGCUCGGGCGUUUCGCCUUCAGCCACUUUCACCGCGAGGAACCCUCACUGUAGAUGGAGAGGUAGUGCCCUAUGGGCCACUGCAGGCUCAGGUUCAUCCCUCCAUGGCCCGUUUGAUUGUUGGGGACUCUGGAAUAAAGAUUACAAGAUUUUGACCUGUUUGGAUUUGAACAGGCAGAGAUUAGUUUGGCUCUUUGAAUUAUAUAAUAUUUAGCCGUCCGCAUAUUGUAGGGUGGGGGUGGGGAGAGAGACAGAAAGCGAGCAGUUGCUAUUAGGGAUGUAAUGAUUCACUCAACUCACGAUUUGAUUUGAUUCAUGAUUUCUUUUUUUUUUCUUUUUUUUUUUUUUUUUACAUAAUUAGAUUUAAGACAAAUUAUAAAUUAAAUGUGUCCUUUUAUUAUUGCUUGAACAAAAUGCUGCACAUUUCUUUGUGAAAUUGAAAUAUUACUAUAAUAAUAUACUAAUAUAGCACUUGCAUAUUAUUGAUCUCUUGUUGGAUUUGAUUGCUUCUAUUGUCCUAUUUUGUUAGUCACUUUGGAUAAAAGUGUCUGCUAAAUGAAAAAAUUUAAAUAUUACGUAAAUGUACAUGACAAAACUAAAACUGAAAUUUUAUUACAAGCCCCAAAUCAAAUAAGUAACACCAAGAAAAUAAAUCUCUUCAUAUUAAACAAAAUAAGGCUUUGUCUAUGCUCUUUCUAUUUAAAAUGAGAGGCAACCACUGCAUUUUCAUCAUGAUCCAAACAAAGAUGCUGGAUACAAGCAACAGGUGCAGUUUUAAUCUAAAUUAGAUUGUAGAAUUACGAAAUUUGAAGCAAAAACAAUGGUUUUACUUCAGUUUUGUGAAACUAUCCAAAUAUUUUUGAGAACAUAGUUGAGAACAAUCCUUAAAGUUAGGUAUAUAAAAAAUCCUGAAACCUACAAAUUUAUUGAUUGAAAAAGAAAAAAAAAUCCCAUUGUUUUUGCCUUUUCAUGUCUAUUAUUGUCAUUUUAUUUUAUUUUUUGAAAAACUGAGUCCUAGAGGACAUAGCAUAACAUGUUAAUUGUUACAUCUGUAGUUGCAAUCACUGCUUUUACUGGGAUUAACUAAGGGAUAGCUUAUUCAAACUGCAUAUGCAAGGAGUAUUUUUUUAAUUUAAGGAAGGGAUGAAAACUUGGACGACUGUAGGGUUACACUUGGAUUCCCUACACUGUAGUUUGAGAGAGAACACUAAAAUGUCUAUGUAGGAGGAAACGGCGAAACUGAAUGUGUCCAAGUGGUGUAUACAUUUUAAUAUAAUUUGAUUCACAGCUGUGCCCCUGCCUUAUUUUAAAGUGGAAAAAAAUGACAGUCAGACACGAACAAAAUAGCCAGCUUUUAGGUUGUCAUGCCCACAUCCAAAUAUGGCUCCAACCGUUUUGCAUAAUAGGUAUCCCUGGAAUGCAUCCCUCUCCUUUUUAUUUACAUACUUGUUUAGUAUCACUUGCUCUGAAACCUCAAUUUGUAAAGAUUUAUCUGCAUCAAACUAAGUUUCCAUCCAACUUUUGAAAACUUGUUUUAUGGGACUGAUCAGAAAUGCAAUUAGUUCCAUCUUACGUACAUCCAUUUUUUUUUUGCAAGUAUUUUUUGGACAAAAUAAUUUUGUAGAUUGAGUAAAACAGUUAAAUGAAGGAUUUUAUAUUGUAUAUUGCAUUGCUAGUUUGUGUAAGAAAUGCAUGUGGUGAUGAUGAUGAUAAUGAUGAUUAUAUUAAGUAACUAGCUACAUGCAUUGCAGUGAACACCGAAAUAAUGCUAGGAAAACUUCCAGUUCAGCAUUUUUCUUCCCCCCUAGUAAUAUUGUAUCACUGUCUUGACAUAAUCCAAACUUGCAUAACGUUUUGCUCAUUUUUAUUCCUAAUGAAUGAGAAAGAACUGGAAGUUAUCGAUCAACUGGUAAUGCACUUUUAACUCCCUUUACUGAAAGAUUCAUCUGUUAAAUAUUAGGCAAAGACUAUUUCAUAGUGAUCAGCAACUUGAUAACAUUUUAGACUAUUUAUCUCAUUUGUAAGACUGAUUCACUGAGUCAUUUGUUUUUUUCUGCUGUCUUGAGAACAGGCCUUUGAAAAGUCCAGCUGUGGAGCUGAUUAAGAUUGUAAUGGAGCCUUUCCAGUGCUUUUAAUUUUAACUAAAUAUUAGAAAAAAUGUGCUAUUUACGUUUCUUCUGUCCUUUUCAUUUUCCAGAGGACCACAAAUGUUCCUCUCUUUUGUGAAUUUACAAUGAUUAUCAAAUAAUUUUUAAAUCCAAUAACUUGACUGGAGUUUCUAAACAGCUGUUUCUGUCUAGUGCAAUCAUUUCAGCUUCUGUUGAUCAGCGCUGUCCUCAUAUCUUAAGUGUCUAGCUGGUAUGUAAGUCUAGUCAUUUUAUUUGCAAGUCUGGAAACUCAAAAUGAUUUUGCAAUCAGAUGGCCAGGUAUUUGUUUUUGUUUUUCAUUCCCUAUAUUUCCUUCCUCCUGAUCUUUAGAGAUCUAAUAAAUUUGUAAUUAAGCUGCUAUCCAUCUUGAAAAUGCCAGUUUAAGAUGUUUCUUCAUUCUACAAUGCUUGUAUUAAGAUUGUAAGAAUAUAAUAUUAAACAUAUUACAUCAUUUACA